GUUUUGCAAUUGUAUUCUUAAUUUUUUACCCUUUUUUUACAGUUCAGCAAAGCAGAAAGUGAACUGACAGCACUUUCAUACAAGAUUGAUCAGGAAUACAGUACCUUGGCUGCUGAGGAAGGAAAAGGUUCUAUUGUUCCAUCUGACCUCCUGCACAGUGUUAAGAGUCUUCGGGCAGAAUUAAACCAAGUUUCAAAAGAUUUGUGUGAGGUCCAAAAACAACAGCAUGAAGUCAUGUCUACUAUUCAGGCACAGCUGAAGGUUUAUUGUAGUCAGUUUGAUGAACUAAGCAAAGCAGCAGGUGACGUUGCAUUAGAAUAGGAAGGUAGAUGUUGUAAAUAAAUUUUGUAGCAUAAUUUCAUUUCAGAUUGGUGCCAAGUAUAAAGCUCUCUUUUUUCUGAUACUAGUAUAUAUAUGGCAUAACUUGUUUAUGACAACCUGUGUUAAGGGUAUUUGAGCAAUGGGUGACGAAAAAAAUUUCAGGAGCCAAUUUUAUGGGAAAGUUGGAUUACUUGAAGUUGAGGAGAAAAGAGCUCUUGAGGGUUUGUUAAAAGAAACUCCUCUCAAUGGAAAAGAAUUUUCCAAUUUUGCUCGGCGUUCUAUUGUUCCUGUUGCAUAUAGGAACCUAGUGUGGAAAUUAAUGCUAGGAAUUACCCCACGCUAUGCAGAAUCCCAAGAUUAUGUGACCCAACAGCAAACUUUCACUUAUGAAGAACUUUGGUGUGCCCUCAAAGCCCUUCGGCUUACUAACAUCAGUUUAGGCAUUGACAGCAUGAAUGGCCAUGAGACAUAUACCAUAUUAGAUUCAAAGAAAGUUAAUACAGGGGCCAAGACUCAUCCUGAAACCCCAUAUCCAGAACACUAUGUUCUGAUGUGGUUGAUGAGCGAGGCUAAAUUACUAUACAAUCCAAGACAACAACUCAUGUCCAAGGAAAAUCAGCACUUUAUUUCAAUUGCCCGGAAAGUUUCUAGCUUCUUUGAUAAUCCAGUUGAAAUAUAUCAUGUAUGUUCUGCUCUCUGGGAAUUAAUUUUGAAAAACCGCUCUUCAAUUGAGGAUGCUGUUCAAGAGGCUAUUGGAGUACUAAGAAAAGAACAUGAUAUUUAUCAUCUUCACCUGUUAAAAGCUGGAUUAUUUUCAAGUUCUUUGUUGUUUGAUCAAUGUUUUUCUCUUUUUUGUGAGAUUUUUCCUGAGUCGGCUAUAGAAAAGAUAUUAGACAAAGUCAUUGCUAAAGCUUUUCGAAUUUUGUCUUUUGUUACUGUGGCUUUACUGGUGCAUCUUAGACGUUCUGUUGCCUCAGUGUCCAGUGUUGAGGGUAUAAGGAGCUUAAUGUGCCAGAUUCGUAAAGAAGAAGCUGAUGUUGUUAUUACUGCAGCACUUGAACUGUGGGCAAUAACGCAGUCUGGUUUUCCAAGAGCACAGCGCCUCACUUCAGUUACAUAGCAACAGUUAGAAUUCAGAUUGUCUUUACUUGGACAAAAGAACUGAUAUUUUUUCUAGUCGUCUUACUUUUUAUAAGUCUGUUGAAGUUCCUGCUGAAUAAUAAUGGGAGAGAAAUUGUGAUUUACUAUACAGUAGUUUUAUUCUGACAUUGAUCAUACUUAUGGUAAGUAGUUUGUAGACUUACAUCACUGUUACUAUCUUUACUUUUUUGGCUGCCCUAGAUCUGAAAUUUGCUGUACUUGUCAAUGCGUUAUAGUAAUGGCAGAAGCUUGGUCUUCUCAUAAGGUAAUUUAUAAUUUUUGCAUUCUAUUGGAUAUCAGCAGCACAUUUGAACUUGUCAUUCACCCUUUGAGUUGGAGUUAGUGACAUUGUUCAUACCAAGGAGCUGUAGUUUUUAUCAAACAAUCAUAAAAACUAUGAAGUGUACAGUAAAGAAUUGUCAGUUGACAUAGGUCUUUGGAAUAUUUAGAUUUUCUUUUCAAGUUGAAGUAAACUCUGUCAUAGGGUUGUAAUAAUUAAGAUGGGAAGGGGUUUUGAAAGUGUGUUGUUGAAUUUUGAAAACCCUGCUCUCCCAUAUCAAUUAAUGUAAUUUAAUGAAAUUGAAAUGAGAAGUAUAUGGCUGUAUAUGUUUGCAUUAUUUUGGUCAGUGUUUUGUUAGCGUAAAUGUCAUUGUGCUCCUUUACUUUCCAUUUUAUAUUCUUAUAAACUAAGAUAAGAUUUUGUUUUGAUACCUUUUUCAUUUCCUGUCAAUAUACAGUAACUUCUUUUAUUCACACUUGUUGGUCUAAAAAAAUAGUUUAAACAGCUGUGAAGGGCAAAAAAAGAAUAAAACUGCACUUAUCCUGUGCUAGGCUACUUCAAAAUCUCAAGGCCUUUCCAGAUCAAAGUUGUCGUCAGGAUGCUUGUCGGUGUAGUAGCCUCUGUAAUCUACUUGGCUAUUUUAGUGUGCUCAAAAUAAGAGAAAGAAAAAGCCUACCUUUGAUGGUGGGGAGAUUCAAUUAGGCUUCUUUUCUUUUCCCCUUUAUUUUUUAUCGGUGUCUAAUAAAUACCAUUUAUAGGGAGGAAUAGGGAUUUAAUGAUGCAUGCAUUUUUUUUCUUCAAAGUCUAACCAUCACAUUUGAGUGGGAGGUAAUUUAUUCAUAUCAGCCUAUUCGCUCCAUCUUCCUUCUCAAUGCUCCCUCCCAAUCCCCGACUCCCAAACAUCCCAGGAUGCACCGACCUCCCUUUACCACCCUCUAUCACAUGAAAACAGUGAUAGAUAGAUAAGUUAUUUCAAAAAUUUCCCUCACCAACAAACAAAGCCUAAAUAUGUUUACAAAAGAAUAUCUUUUUCUUUCAUUUCCCACAAUAUUUGCGUAAACUUGUGUUACACCCUGUAUAUACACAUACAUACAUACAUAAAUUAUAUAUAUAAACAUAUGCAUAUAAUGUACAUGUGUAUAUAUACAUAUAUGCAUGUAUACAUAUGUACUGUAUUUAUAAACAUAUACAAUAUUUGCAAACAAUGUUUCCUAGUGUGGACAGGCCUUAAGGUAACCUUGUUCACCUUAUUUGAACAAACACAAAGUCAGUGAAACCCAUAGAAUUUACAGAACUAAGAAAAUAACACUGCAGUAUAGAAUAAGUAUGAUAGAAACAUAUUUUACCUCAAAUGCAAGUAAAAUGUCUAGCUUUAGACCAUCAACAUGAUAACCAAACCGUGCAGUGCAUUCAUAAUCAAGACUAACAUGCACUGUACUACAUUAUUCACAAGUGUCUAUAGGUGUUUUAUGUUUGUAUGUACGUAUUGUGUUGUGUAGAUAUUAGAAAGUACUACUAAAAAAUGCAGUGUUCAUAUAACAGGCUAUCCUUCUUAUUUUCUGUGGUUUCUGUUUUAUAUUAAACUUGCUGUAAGACGUACUUUUUUUAUCAUAGACAGAUCACCAUUCGCCUGUCUAUGAAGUGCACAUUGGUGAAGAUCACAAGCAGAGUGCUUUGUAUUACAUAUACAUUUUUACUAUAGUGCAUACAGAUAGAACAAGAACACUUUAAAUAUGCAAGAAGUUUCAUACGACACUAAAGAAAAUGCUGAACUCUCUCUCUCUCUCUUGGUAUAUAUAUAUAUAUAUAUAUAUAUAU